CGGGCCCGAGCGCGGAGUGGGCGGCGGGUCGGUGCAGCAGCCCCGCCGCGGCUCGGCCACCAUCGCCGAGGCGCCGCUGCUCCCACAGACGCUCGCGAGCCGCCCCCCGCGCUCCCAGCCUCCUCUUCCUCCCGCACGCCCGAGACGCUCGUCCGACUCGGGUCUCGCCCCCGCCUCCGCCUCCCCCGUGCUCUUCCCUCGCUCGCUUCCCACCUUGUCUCUGCCUCAUUUUCUCUCCUAGUUGAGGAAAAAAAAAAUCACCAUCAUCCUCAGGGAGCCCCUCGCCCUCAGAAAAACAAAACCAGACAUGAUCCUGGGCUCCCGCUCCUGAAGGACCGGCCGAGCGAGGAGCAGGGAGCAAGUGGAGACCGCCCCCGAGGUCACGGGAGGGAAGCCCCUGCAGCCCCCGGCCCUGUCCCCGCGGCCGGCCCCCUCCUCGGCCCGAGCCCGGCGGCCCCCAGCCCCGCGGGCCUCCCGCCCCGUCCCCCACUUUCCCGGGAGCCGGCCGAACACACCUCCAUUGAUGGUGUAGCGCAUCCGGGGAAGAGAGAAGAUCUGCUAAGACUGUUGGUUAAGCGUUUGGAGCCAGACCGCUUCUUAAGCUACCUACCAGCCCCCCAGAUGGCAGGCUGCUCACCUGUUCAAGCCAGCUCUCAUUGAGCGUUUUUGAAGCAUUGGGGUAGUUGGAGUGGCUGGAUUUUCCCUGGAAUUGAGUGAGAAAUUCAGAAGACUGAAGCCCAGGCUUACUGUCUACCUUUCACGGAGGCCUAGCCGUGAGAGGACAGAAGAAGGCACGUGGCGAAUCAUGACAGCUGACAAAGACAAAGACAAAGACAAAGAGAAGGACCGGGACCGAGAUCGGGACCGAGAGAGAGAUAAACGAGACAAAGCAAGAGAGAGUGAGAAUUCAAGGCCACGCAGGAGCUGUACCUUGGAAGGAGGAGCCAAAAAUUAUGCCGAGAGCGAUCACAGUGAAGAUGAGGAUAAUGACAACAAUAGUGCCACCACGGAGGAGUCCACCAAGAAGAACAAAAAGAAACCACCGAAAAAAAAAUCUCGCUACGAAAGGACAGAUACCGGCGAGAUAACAUCCUACAUCACUGAGGAUGAUGUUGUCUACAGACCAGGAGACUGUGUGUAUAUCGAGAGUCGGAGGCCAAACACGCCGUAUUUCAUCUGUAGCAUUCAAGACUUCAAACUGGUCCACAACUCCCAGGCCUGCUGCAGAUCUCCAACUCCUGCUUUGUGUGACCCCCCAGCAUGCUCUCUGCCGGUGGCAUCACAGCCACCACAACAUCUUUCUGAAGCCGGGAGAGGGCCUGUAGGGAGUAAGAGGGACCAUCUACUCAUGAACGUCAAAUGGUACUACCGUCAGUCUGAAGUUCCAGAUUCUGUGUACCAGCAUUUGGUUCAGGAUCGGCAUAACGAAAAUGACUCUGGAAGAGAACUUGUCAUUACAGACCCGGUCAUCAAGAACCGAGAGCUCUUCAUUUCUGACUACGUUGACACGUAUCAUGCUGCUGCCCUCAGAGGGAAGUGUAACAUCUCCCAUUUUUCUGACAUAUUUGCUGCUAGAGAGUUUAAAGCUCGAGUGGAUUCAUUUUUCUACAUAUUAGGCUACAACCCUGAGACCAGGAGGCUGAACAGCACCCAGGGAGAAAUUCGUGUUGGUCCUAGCCAUCAGGCCAAACUUCCCGAUUUGCAACCGUUCCCUUCUCCAGAUGGUGACACUGUGACCCAACAUGAGGAACUGGUCUGGAUGCCUGGAGUUAAUGACUGUGACCUUCUUAUGUACUUGAGGGCAGCAAGGAGCAUGGCAGCAUUCGCAGGGAUGUGUGACGGAGGCUCCACAGAGGAUGGCUGUGUUGCCGCAUCUCGGGAUGACACUACCCUCAAUGCGCUGAACACACUCCAUGAAAGUGGUUAUGACGCUGGCAAAGCCCUGCAGCGCCUGGUCAAGAAGCCCGUGCCCAAGCUGAUCGAGAAGUGCUGGACCGAGGACGAAGUGAAACGCUUCGUUAAGGGGCUCAGGCAGUACGGCAAGAACUUCUUCAGAAUUAGAAAGGAGCUGCUUCCCAAUAAGGAAACAGGGGAGCUGAUCACCUUCUAUUACUACUGGAAGAAAACCCCCGAAGCGGCCAGCUCCCGGGCCCAUCGCCGGCACCGCAGGCAGGCCGUGUUCAGGAGGAUCAAGACCCGCACCGCGUCCACACCCGUCAGCACGCCCUCCAGACCACCCUCCAGCGAGUUCCUGGACCUGAGUUCAGCCAGCGAGGAUGACUUUGACAGUGAGGACAGCGAGCAGGAGUUGAAGGGGUACGCCUGCCGCCACUGCUUCACCACCACCUCCAAAGACUGGCACCACGGGGGCCGGGAGAACAUCCUCCUGUGCACGGACUGCCGCAUCCACUUCAAGAAGUACGGCGAGCUCCCCCCCAUCGAGAAGCCUGUGGACCCCCCACCAUUCAUGUUCAAACCUGUCAAAGAGGAAGACGAUGGGCUCAGUGGGAAGCAUAGCAUGAGGACACGGCGCAGUCGUGGCUCGAUGUCUACACUGCGCAGCGGUCGUAAGAAGCAGCCAGCCAGCCCUGAUGGUCGCGCCUCGCCGAUCAAUGAAGACAUCCGCUCCAGUGGCCGGAACUCACCCAGCGCUGCCAGCACCUCCAGCAAUGACAGUAAAGCAGAGACAGUGAAGAAGUCGGCCAAGAAAGUGAAGGAGGAAGCCUCAUCCCCCCUCAAGAGCACCAAGCGCCAGCGGGAGAAGGUGGCCUCCGAUACAGAGGAGGCCGACAGGACCAGCUCCAAGAAGACAAAAACCCAGGAAAUCAGCCGGCCCAACUCGCCAUCCGAAGGCGAGGGAGAGAGUUCUGACAGCCGCAGCGUCAACGAUGAGGGCAGCAGUGACCCCAAAGACAUCGACCAGGACAAUCGCAGCACGUCCCCCAGCAUCCCCAGCCCCCAGGACAACGAGAGCGACUCGGACUCUUCGGCCCAGCAGCAGAUGCUACAGGCCCAGCCACCGGCCUUGCAGGCUCCCAGUGCGGCCACUCCGGCUCCCUCUGCCGCCCCCCCAGGGACCCCCCAGCUCCCCGCACCGGGACCCGUGCCCUCUGCCACUGCGGGCCCUCCCCAGGGCUCCCCCUCAGCCUCCCAGCCCCCCAGCCAGCCGCAGGCCCCAGCGGCUCCCGCUCCCCAUGCGCACAUCCAGCAGGCACCCGCCCUGCACCCACAGCGGCUGCCCUCACCCCAUCCCCCGCUGCAGCCCCUGACCGCGCCGGCUGGCCAGCCCUCCGCCCCACCUCACGGCCAGCCCCCGCUGCAUAGUCAGGGCCCGGGCGGCCCCCAUAGCCUCCAGGCCGGGCCCCUGCUGCAGCACCCAGGCCCCCCUCAGCCCUUUGGUCUCCCUCCCCAGGCCCCUCAGGCAUCAGCUCUCCCUCAUGCCUCCCUGCAGCCCCCAGCCUCGCAGUCAGCACUGCAGCCCCAGCAGCCUCCUCGGGAGCAGCCCCUGCCGCCGGCCCCCUUGGCCAUGCCCCACAUCAAGCCCCCACCCACCACGCCCAUCCCCCAGCUGCCGGCCCCACAAGCCCACAAGCACCCGCCUCACCUCUCAGGGCCCUCGCCCUUCUCCAUGAAUGCCAACCUCCCGCCCCCACCGGCACUGAAGCCCCUGAGCUCGCUGUCCACGCACCACCCUCCCUCGGCCCACCCGCCUCCCCUGCAGCUCAUGCCGCAGAGCCAGCCCUUGCCCUCCUCCCCUGCCCAGCCCCCAGUGCUGACCCAGAGCCAGAGCCUGCCCCCUGCCGCUCACCCCCCAGCAGGCCUCCACCAGGUGCCUCCCCAGCCCCCAUUUGCUCAGCACCCCUUUGUCCCUGGGGGCCCCCCUCCCAUCACUCCCCCCGCCUGCUCUUCCACCUCCACCCCACCCGCGGGGCCUGGCCCCUCAGCCCCGCCACCCUGCUCUGCCGCCGUUUCUUCGGGAGGCGGCGUACCCGGGGGGACAGCCUGCCCGCUCCCCACCGUCCAGAUCAAGGAAGAGGCUCUGGAUGAUGCCGAGGAGCCCGAAAGCCCCCCGCCCCCGCCUAGGAGCCCGUCCCCUGAGCCCACUGUGGUGGACACCCCCAGCCAUGCCAGCCAGUCAGCCAGGUUCUACAAACACCUGGACCGUGGGUACAACUCGUGUGCGCGGACGGACCUGUAUUUCAUGCCUCUGGCGGGAUCCAAACUGGCCAAGAAGAGGGAGGAGGCCAUCGAGAAGGCCAAACGGGAGGCUGAGCAGAAAGCACGCGAGGAACGAGAGCGCGAGAAGGAGAAGGAGAAGGAGCGCGAACGGGAGCGCGAGCGGGAGCGGGAGGCGGAGCGAGCGGCCCAGAAGGCGUCCAGCUCAGCCCACGAGGGCCGCCUCAGCGACCCCCAGCUCAGUGGUCCCGGCCACAUGCGGCCAUCCUUCGAGCCGCCACCAACCACCAUUGCUGCGGUGCCUCCGUACAUCGGGCCCGACACUCCCGCUCUUCGGACUCUGAGCGAGUACGCUCGGCCCCACGUCAUGUCGCCCACCAACCGCAACCACCCCUUCUACAUGCCCCUCAACCCUACCGACCCCCUGCUGGCCUACCACAUGCCCGGCCUCUACAACGUGGACCCCACCAUCCGCGAGCGGGAGCUCCGGGAGAGGGAGAUCCGCGAGCGGGAGAUCCGCGAGCGGGAGCUGCGGGAGAGGAUGAAGCCGGGCUUCGAGGUGAAGCCCCCGGAGCUGGAUCCCCUGCACCCAGCCACCAACCCCAUGGAGCACUUCGCCCGGCACAGCGCCCUCACCAUCCCCCCCACUGCGGGCCCCCACCCUUUUGCUUCUUUCCACCCGGGCCUGAACCCCCUGGAGCGGGAGAGACUGGCCCUGGCGGGCCCCCAGCUGCGGCCUGAGAUGAGCUACCCUGAUAGACUGGCGGCCGAGCGGAUCCACGCCGAGCGCAUGGCCUCGCUGACCAGCGACCCCCUGGCCCGCCUGCAGAUGUUCAACGUGACUCCGCACCACCACCAGCACUCACACAUCCACUCACACCUUCACCUCCACCAGCAGGACCCCCUCCAUCAAGGUUCAGCAGGCCCGGUGCACCCGCUGGUUGACCCCCUGACCGCUGGCCCUCACCUGGCUCGCUUUCCCUACCCCCCCGGCACCCUCCCCAACCCUCUGCUUGGACAGCCCCCCCAUGAGCACGAGAUGCUUCGUCAUCCAGUUUUUGGUACCCCCUACCCCCGAGACCUGCCUGGGGCCAUCCCACCCCCCAUGUCUGCGGCCCACCAGCUGCAGGCCAUGCACGCCCAGUCAGCAGAGCUGCAGAGACUGGCCAUGGAGCAGCAGUGGCUGCACGGACACCCCCACAUGCACGGUGGCCACCUACCAAGUCAGGAAGAUUAUUACAGUCGACUGAAGAAAGAAGGUGACAAGCAGUUAUAAGUUAUUUAUUUGUUAACGCUGGCUGUGGAAACCCCAAUUCUUGGGGGGGAGAAACAGGACUUUUUACAUACAAUACGAGCUACAGAAGCAAAAAGAAUAUCUUCUAAAGAUUUCUUUAUAUAUUUAAAAACCCCACAACUAAAAAUGUUAUCAGCAUAAUAGUGUUUGUUUGUAGAGAGAAUACCUUGAGACUGGUUUGGGUCUCCCUGCAUGACAGUCCCCCAGAAACUUAGUGAGUCCUGGACUGGACUGAACAUUCAGAAAACUUUCCCUGCAAUCUUGGGGUUUGGCUUUAGUUUUCUUUUCCUUCCUUGAUUUCUUGGCAGGUGCUAGAAUCCAGUUCACACCCUUCACUGUGUGUGCAGACACACUCAGCCACGUGUGUCCCAGAGCCCACGAGGUCUGCAGAUAGGUGGCAUAGGUGUUUGGAAUCCAAGAGCUAUAAUUUUUAAAAAAACUUUUAUUUUAAUACAUUGUAGGAAAUCUUCAUAAUUUGAGAAAGUUCUGCAGCAUGGCUUUUUACGUCUGUAAAUAAAUAAUUUUAGAACGGCAUUUUUUUUCUUCCACAAACUAUUCUGAUCUAUUUUUUCCAGCCAUGUCACUAAUUGUGAAUUCCUACCAGCUAUUGACAGAAUACAGAGUUGAUUUUUUAAUAAAAAGUUAUAUAUAAUUAUCCCUUUAAUUAAAGGGAACAGAUGGGCGUUACUAAUUACAAACGGGCAGGAGCUUGGGACGAGGUUUGGUCGCAGCAGUGGGCAUCCAGGGGUUUGCAGGGACGAUGUCACAAACCGUUUCUUUGUUUUGCUGCCUUGGUUUUCACUUCUGUCUGUUCCUAGCUUGUGCUUCGCCAGAGGUGCGGAUAUUUGUUAGAUCGAACCUUUUUUAUUUUGUACCAGGAGCGCUGGAGUUAAGUGUCCACCUUGUUCUGUCUCCACGGGAUAGAAAGCACAUGUUUCUAUGUGUCUGAUUGUAGAUUUCCUUAUACGUUUCUAUGCACACACAUUUGGCUCUUCUGGGUGAACUGCCUUCUUAAAUACUCUGACAAUUUCGGAAACAUUCUAGAAAAUUCAACAAGAAAACGAUUCCCUACAAAUAGCACACGCUUGCCAAAGGAAUCUGUUAGAAACUUCCCCUGUUGUGUGUCAUCACUAGGAUCUCCCUGCACUGAGGCCAGGCCACCCCUGCUGCACGGCCUGAGGCCGCUUUUGCUUGAGGGAGGCCCGGAGUUGGCACGGUUAUGGGUGGGGACGCCGUUUGAGUCCCACUCUUGCUCUCGUUCCUGGUCGGAAUGGCUUCCUUCUGCCUGGGAGCUGCCCCUCUGAGGGCUCGGGCUGCUCUGCAGGGGGGCCGCCUCUCCUUCCUAGUUGUGGACGCGAUGCACUUUCUCCAGAGCGGGGCCGGGCGUGGGGGGUGUCUGCGCCUGUUGAUGAAGUGUUCUGUCAGGACGUGACCUUUCCCCGCUCCUCUCCCCUCAGACUGGGAGUCACAUCCAAGAGCUGUGGGAUGACAAGAGCACGUGUGGGUCGGUGGACGUGUGGGGCGUGUCUAGGGCUGGAGCCGAGUCGGGGGCAGGAAGAGAGGCUGGCGCUUUGACCCAGAAGCCAGCAGGUGUGAGCUCAGACCCAGGUUCCGGAUUCAAGCCUGCAUCAGGGCCGUUUCCAGUUUCUGUUAAAACUACGGUUGGUUUCCGUCGGGACAGAUAGAGGAUUGUUUUGUCUGUUGGGAAUGUUUGUGGUUCUCUCCUUUGAUUUUUCUCUCAUUCCAUUUCUGCCUUAACUUUAGCUCCUUAGAAGGGAGGCGAGCUCAGAUGGACCCUGUGCCAUCAGACUGGGGGCUGCACGGGCACGAGGCACUUGUUUCCUCUGGGGGGGCGGGCCGGCUCUCCUGCAGCCCCUGCCCCGCUGCCCCCACCUUCUCUGCCAUCUUUGGUUUCCGUGCCUGCCAUUCAGUUAAACCUUUACCGCCUCUCUGUGUCCUCCGUUUUUCCAAAGAAGAGACGGAGUGAAGUAGUCGGAAGUCUCGACUUGAAAACCGUCUGCAGGCGUUUCCUUGUUCGGUUUUGGUUCUUUCCCCAUAUCCCAGGGUGAAGCACUGAGAUUCUUCCACUUAAAAACCUGCAACCCGAAACCCUCACCUGGUCAGCUGCACUUGGUUUAGGAGGCCCCAGACCUUCACAGUGUCUUUGAAGCCCGACCCCUUGGUUUCCUUUUGGAUUUUCCUUCCUUUUGUUUGAAGUUUGGUUUUGCUUUUCUGUGUUUUGUACGUAUCUUGUUGAAUGUUGUCAAGAUUGAGCUUUGUUUCACUGCAGGAGCAGAGUGUACAUUCUGAUUUGCUACGUUUAUAUAUAUCUUGAAGCUAAAUGUAUAUAUGAGUAGUUUGCCAUGAGAUAACACAGUGUAAACAGAGUAGACACCCAGAAAUCGUGACUUCUGUGUUCUCUCCAUUUUGAGUCUUUUGUAAUUUUUUUGAAAUAUUUGUGGACAUAAAUAAAACCGAGCUACACUACAA